AUGGAGUCCUCGUCCUCUUUGCCCGCAAAUUCUAAUGUUGGGGGGGAUAACAUUGACCGCCGGCCGCAGCCCCCGGUAGAUGGUGGGAAACAUUCAUCCUCUCUAAAGAGCUAUAUAAGGAUACUCUCGUAUGGUGCUAGAGGGGGUGGCCUUGGUCCCAUGGUGCUUGGCCUGUUGUGUGCAAUGGGCUCCGGAGUGUAUUUGGCAACCUCACCGGCGAAUUUAAUCGCUAUUUCACAUCUAGUGACUCGCUCAAUGAAGACGCCUUCAGAGCAUCUUCUUUACAUUGUAUAUCUCUUCAUUGGGAAGUUUGUGCUUACAUAUCUUUCUAUGCUCUGCUUCCGUGUCAUCAGCCUCCGGGCCUCAGCAGCGCUACGCCUGGAAUAUAUGGAGGCGCUUUUCUCCCAGCCCGUCCGCAAGCUGGACGAGACAUCCGUCGGGACGGUGACCAAUGCUAUCACAGGGUUGUCAAACACGAUCCAGCAGAGUGUAUCUGAUCGCUUGGCAAUCCUGUUCCAGUCCCUCGCUCUCUUGGUGGCUGCCUAUGCUGUGGCCUUCCGGUUCUCGUGGGCAUUGACCUUAGUCGUUAGCUCUGCUAUUCUGUUUGUGCUUUUGGCUUUCAGUAUUACAGUUCCCAUCAUUGUCAAGGCACAGCAAAUGGUGGAUCGUGCCGACGAAAAGCAAGCCGCCGUUGCAGCGGAGGUUUUCAGCGCGAUCCGAACUGUUCUGGCUCUUGGGGCCGAGGUCCCACUCUCUCAUAAAUACUCAUCCUGGGUGAACGAGGCUCGUAAACGUGCCGCCAAGAUGUGUCCUGUUACUGGAAUACAUCUAGCUCUGCUUUUCUUCGCUAUGUACUGCAGUUAUGCCUUGGCCUUUUGGUUUGGGUUGAAGCUAUAUCGCGAGGGAAACAUCGCAAACGUCAACACUGUUAUUGUGGUCUUUUUCUCCGUUCUGUUAGUGGUCACUGUGCUUGGUGGAAUCGCGUCCCCCCUAAUGGCGAUCACCAAGGCCACGAGUGCCUCAGGCCCAUUUUUCGACGUAAUUGAUGCCGAUCGCGUUACGACGACAGGGCUCCAAAGCCCGGAUGUUUCCAGCCAGGAGGAUAUUUGCUUCGAUUCAGUUACCUUUGCCUAUCCGACUCGUCCUGAUACACAGGUACUACGGAACUUUACGGCCCAUUUUCAGCGAGGCAGUACGACUGCCCUUGUAGGCCCUUCAGGUUGCGGAAAAAGCACCGUGGUAGCUCUCAUCGAGCGUUGGUAUCAGGUUCGGGGCACAGCCUGUUCAGAGAGUCAAACGGGCGAGGGCCGAAUCCUUGUGGGUAAGCAUAACCUGAACGAUCUGGACAUAAAAUGGUGGAGGUCACAGAUUGGCCUGGUCGAGCAGGAACCCGUUUUAUUCAAUGAAACGGUCUUUACCAAUGUGGCCUUUGGGCUGAUAGGAACCCCAUGGGAGCACGAGCCAGGGUCUGUGAAGAUGGACUUGGUGGUCAACGCAUGCCGCGACGCCUUUGCCAACGAAUUUAUAGACAGACUCCCUUUGAGAUACGAUACUGUGGUGGGCGAGGGCGGUAUCACAUUGAGUGGAGGACAGCGUCAACGUUUAGCCAUCGCUCGAAGCAUUGUCUCUAACCCAUCAAUUCUGAUCCUCGAUGAGGCCACGAGCUCAAUCGAUAUACGAGCUGAACAGGUUGUUCAGGCGGCCCUCGACCGGGUGUCCAAAGACCGAACAACUAUUAUGAUUGCUCACCGUCUUUCUACUGUCAUUCGGGCGGAUCAUAUAAUUGUGAUCAAGGAUGGCUCCAAAGCGGAAGAGGGCACACAUCAAACAUUGAUGGACCAUGGUGGAGUGUACUACAGCCUCGUGCAUGCACAGCAACUGGAGAUUGUGUCCUCGAAUGCUACUGCAGCAAUCGAAGAGCUUUCCUACACUCUUCCUGAGGAGACCAAAAUUGAAGCUUACGCAGCGGACGGUUACGAGGUUACUGAAAGUGAGGCGGUCAUCAAGAAAAAGAAGGAGCAGGGCGCAUUCCGUACCCUAUGGAAUAUCAUACGCGAGCAAAGAGCGCACUGGCCUCUAUUCGCUCUGACCGUCAUCGGAACGAUGGGUGCUGGGUCUGCCUUUCCGUUCCAGAGCUGGCUUUUCGCAAAGCUCGUUCAGGUCUUUCAGUUUACAGGCGACAAGUUAAAAGAAGCGGCGAACUUUUGGUCUCUAAUGUUUUUUGUUCUUGCCCUCGCGAUAGGCGCAUUCUAUUUCGACUUAGGCUAUGCUUCCACAUCAAUGUCAGUGCAUAUUGCGGCAAACUAUCGCCAAGACUACUUUCAGAGCAUCUUACACAAGCCCGUAUCAUAUUAUGACCAGCAAGAAAAUUCCUCCGGUACUCUCAUGGGCAGGCUGUCAACGGACCCAAAGCAGCUCCAGGAGCUGUUUGGCGUUAAUGGCAUUUUCCCACUCAUCUCGAUUUGGAGUCUCAUAGGAUGCGUUGCUAUCUCCUUCAGCUUCGGCUGGAAAUUAGCUGCAGUAGCCUUCUUCGCUGCUUUGCCCUUCAUCUUGGUGGCUUCGUAUCUUCGCAUUCAAUAUGAAGUCCAAUUUGAGGGCAUGAAUGCGGAGGUGUACGCCGAAAGCUCCAAGUUCGCCACGGAGGCCAUUCGCGCCUUUCGAACAGUUACUGCACUCACGAUGGAAGACACCAUCCUGCAACGAUACACUAAUCUGCUGUCACAACAAAGAGUCAGGGCUAUUCGCAAGGCAUGGCUUGCGACGGUCGUGGUUGCAUUUUCUGAUAGCAUUGACCUUUGCGCUAUGGCGCUUACCUUCUGGUACGGUGGGCAGCUCCUUGCCUCUCGAGAAUAUGACCCCGUGGCAUUUUUUGUGGUUUACAUAGCUAUUAUCCAAGGGGGCCAGGCUGCAGGCCAGUUUCUUAGCUUUGGUCCUAAUAUGGCGCAGACGACAGCAUCUGCACGCCGCAUACUGGGGACAAGAUCUAGCUCUGAUGAGCCAAACAAUGAUCGGACUCAGUGUCUAGAACCGAUGCCUGGUAUUCCGUCCUUCCACCAGGCCGAUGUGUGCUGCCGAGAUCUCACCUUCCAGUAUCCCUCUCGGGGUGGACCUGUCUUUACAGGAAUGAACUUCAGCAUUCACAGUGGCCAGUAUGUGGCGAUUGUUGGCCCAUCUGGAUGUGGAAAAUCUACCAUCGUCUCUCUUUUGGAGCGAUUUUACAACCCUACCAAGGGGAGCAUAGAGUUCGCAGGGCGGGAUAUCCGAUCCUACCCACUUGCCGCCUAUCGCGGAGCAUUAUCCCUGGUCUCUCAAGAGCCCAAGCUAUUUGAAGGCACGAUUCGCGAAAACCUUCUCCUGGGCCUCGAACCGGGGGAUAAUGGGGAGUUUCCAGCGUCGAUGGAAGCCCGGAUGAUAGAAGCGUGCAAAGAUGCUGAACUUCAUGACUUCAUCAUAUCUCUUCCUGAGAGCUAUUCCACGUCCCUGGGCAUCAACGCGCAGUUAUCCCUCAGCGGUGGCCAAAAGCAACGACUAUGUAUUGCGCGUGCACUCAUCCGUAAACCGCGGCUACUGCUUCUAGAUGAGGCAACGUCCAGUCUCGAUUCACAGUCCGAGAGGCUUAUACAGAAGGCCCUAGAGCGACUGGCAGAGAGGAAAACGAUGACAAUAAUUGCUGUCGCUCACCGACUAGCCACCAUUCAGAAGGCUGACUUGAUACUUGUUUUCGGGGAAGGGGAGCCUGGCCAGGGUUCGGGUAUCGUUGAGCGUGGUACUCAUGCUGAACUAUUGCAGAGAAGGGGUAUAUAUUGGCAGAUGUGCCAGGUUCAAGCUCUGGAUAGCCAUACCAAUUAA